AGCUCUCCCAUCUGCACCAGCCAGAGGGAAUGAUGGAGCAAGCUAAACUCUCCACAGAAAAGGCUAGCAAAAUUAGCACAUGCCAGGCAGCCAUUGCCUGGACAGAAAACGCCCAGUCCAUUGAAGAGGUUGAAGUUGAUCCACCAAAGGCUGGUGAGCUUCGAACUAAGAUUCUAUCUUCUGGGCUCUGUGGUUCUGAUUUGCACAUCCUAGAAGGGAACAGAGUUCCUUUUCCUGUGAUUUGGGGCAAUGAGGGAGCUGGAGUUGUGGAGAGUAUUGGAGAAGGUGUAACCAGUGUGAAACCAGGAGACAAAGUCUCAGUGUUCUCUCUUCCUGAGUGCAGAGAAUGCAGCUCCUGCUUACACCCCAAGGGCAACUUGUGCGUGAAAGAAAAUGCUCUUUCUCCAACUGGAUUAACGUUGGAUGCAACCAGCAGGUUUACCUGCAGAGGAGGUAAGAUUUGCCAUCUUUUUGGCACUAGCGCAUUCACUGAAUACACUCUUGUGCAUGAAAUUGCAGUGGGGAAAAUUGAUGCUGGUGCUCCCGUGGAUACAGUCUGUAUCGUGAGCUGUGAGGUGCCCACAGGCUUUGGAGGUGUGUUUAACGUGGCAAGGGUCACCCCCGGUUCCACCUGUGUGGUCUUUGGACUUGGAGGAGUCGGCUCAGCCAUUGUCAUGGGCUGUAAAGCCUCUGGUGCCUCCAGGAUCAUCGGGGUUGACAUCAAUGGGGAGAAAUCUCCCAGGGCAAGAGCAUUAGGAGUCACUGAUUGUCUCAACCCUCGGAACCUUAAGAAGCCUAUCCAGCAGGUGGUGGUGGAAAUGACGGGCUUUGGUGUCAACUUUGCCUUCAAGGCCAUCGGACCCGUGGAUACCAUAGUGGCGGCUUUGGAGUCAUGCCAUCCGAGCUACGGAGUGUGCGUGAUUAUCAGAGCAGCACCCUCGAAUUCACAACUCUCCUUUGACCCAGUGCUGAUUCUCUCUGGGAGAACCCUGAAGGGUGGCAUUCUGGGAAAGGUUAAAACCAGAGACUCUAUUCCUAAACUGGUAACUGACUACCUGCAAAAAAAAAUCAACAUAAAUCCUCUUAUAACCCAUAAGUUGCCUUUUGAAAGAAUCAACAAGGCAUUUGAAUUGCUCUGAGAGGGAAACUGCAUCUGCUGUGUCCUCUUGUUUUGAGAUCCCAGAUAAUAAAAAUGGAGCAUGAACAUCCUCAGCAAUGCUCUUUUCUGCCUUUUUCACCACCUUGAUGACUUAAAUGCAAUAUAAAGAACCCAAAACUGGAAA